AUUUUUUUUAAAUCUCCUUUCGAAGGAGAAGAUACAAAGAGAAAACUCUUGGAAACGUUUCGUAGUAAGAAUAACUAUCCUGCUGUCUCAUUCUGAAGAUGAUCCAGCGCGACCAAGAAAGAAAGAAAAUUAUAUAUAAUAAGGCCAUAUAGGAAGAAGAAAGUGGGAGCAACUAAGUAAGAAAGCAAUAAUCUAUCGAUUGUUAUUGCUGCUACGAUGCAUAGGAUCAACACAGCAAGGUCCAUUUUUUCUACGGUUUUCAGAAAGAAAUCUUUCUCUGUGUCUCAGUCUCAGAGUGCUGCUUUCUCCACCUCCUUCCUCUUCGACGAAACUCAGAUACAGUUUAAAGAAAGUGUUGCUCAGUUUGCAACGGACAACAUUGCCCCUCAUGCUUCAAAAAUAGAUCACUCAAAUUAUUUACCACAGGAGGUUAACUUGUGGAAAAGCAUGGGAGAAUUUAAUCUCCAUGGGAUUACUGCACCAGAGGACUACGGAGGGCUUGGUCUUGGUUACUUGUAUCACUGUAUAGCAAUGGAAGAGAUUAGCCGUGCUUCAGCAUCUGUUGGUCUUUCUUAUGGUGCUCAUUCUAACCUGUGUAUCAAUCAGCUGGUGAGGAAUGGAAACCCUGCUCAGAAACAGAAAUACUUGCCAAAGCUUAUCUCUGGGGAUCAUGUGGGAGCUUUGGCAAUGAGUGAGCCCAAUUCUGGUUCUGAUGUUGUCAGCAUGAAAUGCAAGGCUGAUCGUGUAGAUGGGGGAUAUGUACUUAAUGGGAAUAAGAUGUGGUGUACUAAUGGGCCAGUUGCUCAAACAUUAGUUGUCUAUGCAAAAACAGACAUAACAGCUGGGUCAAAAGGAAUCACAGCAUUCAUCAUUGAGAAGGGAAUGCCUGGAUUCAGUACUGCCCAGAAAUUGGACAAACUUGGGAUGCGAGGAAGCGAUACAUGUGAGCUUGUCUUUGAGAAUUGCUUUGUUCCAGAAGAAAAUGUUCUUGGGAAAGAAGGGAAAGGAGUCUAUGUCAUGAUGUCCGGACUGGAUCUUGAGAGACUUGUUUUGGCAGCUGGUCCACUGGGUAUCAUGCAGGCAUGUCUUGAUGUUGUCCUUCCUUAUGUUCGACAAAGAGAGCAGUUUGGCCGACCUAUUGGGGAGUUUCAGUUUAUACAGGGGAAAGUUGCUGACAUAUAUACUUCUUUACAGUCAUCAAGGUCUUAUGUGUAUUCUGUAGCUCGGGACUGUGACAAUGGAAAAAUUGACCCAAAGGAUUGUGCUGGAGCUAUACUUUGUGCAGCUGAAAGAGCAACUCAGGUUGCUUUGCAGGCUAUACAAUGCUUAGGUGGGAAUGGCUAUGUAAAUGAGUAUCCAACUGGUCGUCUCUUAAGAGAUGCCAAACUCUACGAGAUAGGGGCGGGAACUAGUGAGAUCAGAAGAAUGAUCAUUGGGCGUGAGCUCUUCAAGGAGCAAUGAUAUGCUAGUCACCUUGGAUUUUGCCUGUUGCUGAGCCCCUUGGAGAUUCCUUUGCAGAAUAAUGUUUGUAAAAGUAUUGUUUAUUUAUCAAACUAAAAUUAUGGUCAUCAGAAUUGAUCAUGAAUGCAAGGAAUAAAAGCUUCCAUAUUAUAUUUCUAUGUACUUUUGCUGUGAUAAUCUUUCAAAGCAAUCCAUUCA